AUGGUCUUAUCUUUAGGUAUGGUGCAUGGACAAGUCACUUACUCAGUUCCCGAGGAACUGGCAAAAGGCUCUGUGGUUGGAAAUAUAGCGCAAGAUUUGGGUAUGGAUAUACAGAGAUUAAAAACGGGGAAGGCGCGUAUGUACACUGAAGACAGCGUUGAAUACAUUGAACUGAAUAAAGAAAGGGGAUCGCUUCAAAUGAAAGAGGUCAUAGACCGUGAGGCGCUUUGCGCGAAAACGACACCGUGCGCUUUACACCUCCAAAUGAUUCUGGAAAAUCCAAUGGAAUUGUACACAAUAACAAUCGAAAUUAUAGACAUUAAUGACAAUGCUCCUACGUUCAAGAAUAAGGACAUCACAUUCGAGAUAAGUGAAUCUGCUGUAUUAGGGGCUAAAUUCAUGUUGGAAAAAGCAUUCGAUCCGGACGUAGGGAUAAAUGACCUACAGAGUUAUUCGCUGAAACCCACGGAUAAAUUCGCUUUGAAGGUACACAGUGAAGCAGAUGGAAGUAAAAUGGUAGAAAUGGUAUUGCAAAAAAGCCUUGAUCGAGAACAGCAAGAGCACAUGUCUUUAUUGUUAACAGCUACAGAUGGCGGCGAACCACAGAUGUCUGGUACGGUUCAGAUUCAUAUAACUGUGCUAGAUGCUAAUGACAAUGCUCCUGUCUUCAAUCAGAAAACGUACAAAGCAACAUUAACAGAAAACGCACAGCGAGGCACUGUAAUUACCACGGUCAGCGCCUCUGACGCAGAUGAAGGUCCUUACGGUAAAAUAACGUAUUACAUUUCAAACAUAAAGGACGAUUUAACGGAUGUAUUUAUAAUAGAUCAAAUAACUGGUGAGGUCAGAUUAAACGGUGAGGUUGACUAUGAAAUGGCGAGCUAUUAUCAAAUUGAUAUCCAAGCAAAAGAUCAAGGAGGUCUCUCUGACUCAUGUAAGUUAAUAAUUGAUGUACUGGACGUAAACGACAACAAACCCAGUAUUAAUAUACUUUCUAUGACCAGUUCCAUUUCUGAGGAGUCUCCAUUUGAAACAGUAAUUGCGAUGAUAAAGGUAAAUGACCUUGAUUCUGGUAAAAAUGGUCAGGUACACUGUGUUAUCGAUGAUGAUAAUAUACCUUUUGUAAUCACAUCUUCAUCAAGUAGGCGUAACUUCUUCAGUUUGCGUACGCAAAAGGAGCUGGAUAGGGAGAAAAACACAGAUUAUAAUGUUAGUGUGACGUGUACCGACGAGGGAGUGCCCAGGCUUUCCAGCAGUGUUUCCCUACGUUUACAGAUAUCAGAUGUAAAUGACAACGCGCCAGUCUUUGAGAAAAACUUUUAUGAGGCCUAUGUCGUUGAGAAUAAUGCACCAGGUGAGCCUAUAUUUACGAUAAAUGCAAGGGAUGCGGACUGGAACCAGAAUGCACGUAUUUCUUAUAUUCUGGAGGAGAGCAGUGUUAAUGGUGUGUCAAUUUCGUCAUACAUCUCUGUUAAUGCUGACAGUGGAGUUAUCAGUGCUGUGCGUUCUUUUGACUACGAACAGUUAAAGGACUUCCAUUUUUACGUCAAAGCACAGGACGGAGGCUCGCCGCCACUCAGUAGUAAUGUUACAGUGAAAAUUAUUAUUCAGGACCAGAAUGACAACGCACCACAGAUUCUUUAUCCGGUACAAACUGGUGGCUCCGUGGUGGCUGAAAUGGUGCCACGUUCAGCAGAUGUUGGCUACCUUGUCACUAAAGUUGUGGCUGUUGAUGUGGACUCUGGACAGAAUGCCUGGCUCUCCUAUAAACUACAGAAAGCCUCAGACAGGGCUCUGUUUGAAGUCGGAGCACAAAAUGGAGAAAUAAGAACAGCGCGUCAGGUCACUGAUACAGACGCUGUGAAACACAGACUCACUGUUGUGGUGGAAGAUAAUGGACAUCCCUCUCGUUCAGCUACAGUCACUGUGAAUGUUGUCUUGGCCGACAGUUUUCCUGAAGUACUUUCCGAGUUUAACAGCUUUGAUCAUGACACAAAGUACAACGAUAAUCUGACUUUUUAUUUAAUUUUGGCUCUGACAGUUGUUUCAGUUCUCUUCGUUUUUUCAUUAACUAUUAUCAUUUCGGUGAAAAUCCACAGAUGGAGGCAGAACAAGUUAUUUUAUAAAUCUGCUGCAAAUCUUCCGGUGAUUCCAUAUUAUCCCCCAGUCCACGCCGAUGGUACUUUACAGCGCGUGUAUAAUUAUGAGAUGUGUGGAACAACUGAUUCCAGGAUGAGUGACAUCAAGUUUGUCAGGCCUUACAGCCAGAAUACACUGCUGAAUGUGAGUCGUGUUGGAACUAUGCAGAGAGUAACGAAAGAACAGGAGGAUGCCGAUCUCUUGAUAGAGGACAACAUACUGCGGUCGUGUGAGGACAUGAACGCAGCUUGA